AUGCCCGAGAAGACAGCGCUUGUGCUGAUCGAUGUCUACAACGACUUCCUCCAUCCGGGUGGCAAGGCAAAUGCUGCGCUCGGAGAAUCUCUCGAGGCUUCGAAUACAACCGAGCACAUCAAGCUUGCUUUGAGGGUUGCUCGCUCAGCUGGUAUCCCAGUAUACUAUAGUCUGCAUCAGCAGUACCAUGAUGGCAAAUACACUGGAUUCGAACAUUGGAACGACAUGCUCCGCAGCGUGCAAACUUCGCGGUCCUUCGAGGAAGGUAGUUUUGGAGCACAGAUACACGAGGGUCUGGAACCAGAUCCUAGCAAUGGUGAUGUGAUCAUCUCGAAGCACUGGAACCAGAGCUCAUUCCAUAACACUGACCUCGACUGGCUACUGCGCCAGCGUAACAUCACGGAUUUGGUGUUUGCGGGCUUAGUGGCGAAUACUUGUAUCGAGACUACAGCUCGCAUGGCGAACGAACAGUACGUAGUCCGCAUUGAUUUGCGCUUUCCCAUCACCUCCGUCUGCGACUUGCUGACCGAAGCGUGA